AGGUCAUAUACAUGCAUACUCUCCUCUGUUCUCCGAAGAAAACACACAAAGCGUGCCUCUUGCACGAUCCGUUCCCUAAUUGAGUUAUCGACCUUGUUGGUGGAUUACCAAACCAAGCUUCAAUAUGAAAUCUUUUUUGCUUAUACAAUUUUAAUUUAAUACUACUACUACUACUACCACCACCACCACAACUUACCUAAUCUUUUACUCUCUCUCUCUCUCUCUCUCCACUCCUUUUCAAAAUACAUAUAUAAUUUUUCUGUGUGUGCGUUGCCAUGGACGACGCGACUACCCCGACCGAUCCUUUUCUCAAUCUAGCGGAAUGGACCAGGGCUAUUGUCAAUGUCGACUUGGAGCGCGUCCAGCAACUCUAUCAGUCGUGCCCUGACUUGCUAUGGUGCUCAUUGGUUAAGGAUGCCACCCACGUUGACACAGAACAUGCCCAUUUACUCGCGCAGCUCGAGCGUUCCGAAGUCCUUGGCCCUGACCUCGGUGAUAUGCCCGCCAUUCCCUACAUGCUUCUAGAUCAUCUCGAGACGACUGACGACGAUGAAACAGCAACCUUAUCAAUAGCACAGCAAAAACGUUCUCGGUUACUAUCCUAUCUGAUUCAGCAUACAACCGAAGCAGACUUGAAUACUCGAUCGUGGGGAUCGUGUAACAACAAAACUUUGCACCUGGCAGCUUUUCUCGGUCAAAAUCAGAUUGUGAAACAACUCACGGAACGUGGUGCUUCGCCAACUGUCACCAAUGAUUUAGGUUGUACGCCCAAGGAUAUCGCCAUUGAUCCUCCAGUCGCAGUUCAAGAACAGCAACAACAACAGCAGCAAAAGAUCCGUAAUAACGAUAACAAAGCAGCGCAGCAAAAGUUGAAAUCGAGUUAUUCGCCGUCCGAACGGUUUCAGCAACUGCGCGCCAUGGCGACAGAACAGUCGGCUAGCGAUUCAAAGAAACAAGGCAGCCAAGAAGAUCUACGGCAGCAGACACGACGACAGCAAGAUUUGUCAUUGCUCGCAAAACGUUCAGCUGUCAAAAACAACCCGUUGUUUAAAAAGUUCGAACAGACCGAGCAACAAUCGUCGAAGCCGCAACCACGCAAGAAAAGCUCGUUGCCCGUUGCCACGACAGGAAGCAGCAGUAGCAGUAGCAGCAGCAACAGCAACAGUGGGAGUAACAGCAAUUUGCUGGUGCCGGGCAACAACAAUAACGAUGAGAACGGCAUCCGCAGAAACUCCAAGGUCAUCAACUCGCUUAUGACAAAAUCGUUUGUGUCGUCAAGCGUCUUCAGACAAGGCGAACUUGAGCGACCGUCUUCUCGCGCAUCUUCGCGCGGUUCCUCGCCUGUACCUGCUUCUCCAACAUCCUCACGUGCUGCAUCGCCCGCUCCGCCCGUGUCGCCCUCUUUGCCGCCUUCGAUACCAGCAGCAGCAGCUACGACAACAAAAGCCACUGAUGACUCUCCUGCAGUUAAGCGUGCUUCAUUAGACACAGCAUUAAAGUCGACAACCGACAUAGAACCACCGUCACCAGUGCCAGCAUCUUCUCAUGAGAAAUUCAUUGAAGCAUCCGUUAUAGAAGAGGCACCCCCAGCAGUUGAUGAAGAAGCAACCACAAUUCCAUCUGUCAGAGAAAAUGAUGUCUCCGAGCUGCCCUUAUCACCUGCGACUAAAGGCGCUGAGAAGACCGAACCGAUACCCGAAGAAACCGAGGCUGAUCAUGAUACCCUAUCGCCCGAAAAGGACGCACAAUCGGAAACGAUCGAUAUGCUCAAUCAACAACAACGACGUCUAUCAGAGCAUCUCACGCAAGCAGAAGGCGAUGAAUCGCGCCGAUGGAGCGGCAGUCAGCGCUCGCAUUGGUCUGUGGGUGUCAAUUCGUGGGACAACGUUCUAAAUCGUGAAAGCAAAGAGGUUAGAAUGAGCGUUCAGAGCGAAGCAGGCAGCGAGCAAUGGUUUGAUAGCAAUGAGGAGUGGUAUGAAGAAGGCGGUAAGCGAUACUCUUUGAGGCCCAAACCUCGCUCCGCUGAUCCAGAGAACCAGGUGGAACGAUCACCUCUUCGGAAGUCUAUGUUAGCCAUGCAGGUGACUGUCGAUGAUGUAGACGAUGAAAGCGAUGGCAUUGUUGCCGGCGACGUUCAUACGACCGCCAGGGAAAACAACGACGAUCAGUUGCCAAAAGACGCAACGGACAAAAGUGAUAAGGGCAUAGAACCAGUAAGAUCCUCAUCGUCGUCUUUGCAGCAAGAGCAAGAGCAGCAUGAUGACGAUGAUACUAGUAAUGCUUCAAACGAAACCAUGACUUUGCAAAGCGUCCACCAGUCAGCACCAUCAGCACCAGCAUUAUCUCUUGAAGAACAACAGUCUGGUGAUGCAAAUUCUGUUGAUGAGGCGUCAAUUGAAUCACGUGAGCCUUCAGCCUCGUUCAGCCCACAACAACGUCGAUCCCUUGGCGCAGAAAGUGUGGAUACAUGGCCUCCACCACCGACAUCGCCUCCUCGAUUGAACAGACCAUCUAUCGACAACGUCAAAGAUAUCAAGGACAUUGACAACUACGAGCUCAACCGACAGAAUGUGGUACAACAGCAAGAUACUACUUUGGACGACGACUUACAAACGACCGACGAGACUACUGUGGUUUACGAUCAUUAUGACCAGCAACAGCAAAAGCAAAAGCAGCAGCAGCAGAUGACUGAUGAGAACUUGGUAACAUUUGACAAUCGUCGGCAAGACGAACGUCAUAAGCAAUUGCAACGCGAAUCUAUGCUGGUUGGAGAAAAUUACGGUAGCGUAUCGGUUGGAACGACGUCGCGAUACGUAUCUCAUCGACUGCAGCCCGAACAGCCACCAUCGGACGAAUAUGACGAUUUUCUUACUGGUCGACCUCAAAGCGUGAAACUCGAAUUGCCUGCUGUCGAGACCAGCCCUGGCCAAUCUACAUCUGCAUUCGGCAAACUGUAUGUCCGUGUCAGUGCCGCGGAGGAUCUUCUUUUACCGCUACCCAAAGAAACGACUUAUGCACGCUGUGUGGUGAGCGACGGACAUUUUGAAUACAUGUCACGAUACGAAGCGCUUGGCCAAAAGGUAGCUUUUGACUAUGAGUGUAUCGUCGAUGCCCAGCCAAACAUGAUCAUUACUGUAUCACUGCAUGUACGGCCUGAUGUUCAUGUUCGACCGAAAACAGGAUUGACGAAAUGGCUUACUUCGGCUCGCAAGCAGCGCGAAACGAUCAACGGCUAUGUGCAUUUCGACGAUGGUUCGAUAGGUCAAUCACGAUUUGCCUUGGGACAUAUGAUCCAAGCUUGUAAUCAGAAAUCAUAUGUAGCCAGUUUUGACUGCUUCAAUUCGUGGUAUGCCCGGUCAUCCAAGGAACGACAGCGGCAGCUGCGUGGUGAAGAGGACGUGCUCAAGGUGGUUGGUAGCCUCAACGUCGAAAUGCUGUAUUUGCCCGUGUCUGAUCCAUCCCUUCCAAUUCCAAGAAGCCUACGAGAAUGUGAUUUGGCACUACGUAUUCGCCAAUGGCACCAAACUUGCUGGCACAGCGGAUAUCUUUCCACGCGCAAGGAGAGCUCACAGGUAAAUACAGAAGAAAACGAUGGAUGAACCCAUAUUUCCGAGCUCAACAAGUUCAUUGACCUAAAACACGGACAUGUUAAAUGAAUGUUAUCCAUGCAUGCAGCUGUGGGAGCGACAC